AUGACUGGGUUUACGGCUUUACGCGAUGUAAGCAAUGCAUUCGAGAAUGACUUGCGACAAAUAUCUACUGAACUAUUCACAGCAAAAGCGGGAGAUUCUUUCGAAGAUAUUUUGUCUAAGAAACUGCGAGAUAUAACCUUGUUUACGUCCAAACUUCGUUUACUAAGAGCGAAGCCGUUAGCAUCCACACCACAAAUAUCUGAGGGGGACAAAACAAAUGUUAUCAGCAAUUAUGAAGAGACAGCUGUAUCGGCGAUCCUUGACCAGCAUACAGUGAAAUCUUUCACACAAACACAUGCGGUAAAGAGCCUUCUUAUAGCGUCAAAUCACAGUCUGGACUCUGAGAUGAGAGAAAGAAAAAUACAAAUCCAGGAGCAACUUAUGAAAUAUGGGCAGCUGGAGGGGCAGGUUAUUAGCCUCCACGCAAGGUUAAGAGAGAAGGAACUGCAACAUGCCUCGGUGCAGGCACAAUGGCAUGAGCAACUGGGGAAGUUGAGGACUAUCAGGGCGUCUGCUGUCGACACCGAUGAAGAAGACUUCGAUGGGCCGCUAUAUGAGAAACUGCGCAAGCUGGUGGAGAAAUUGGAGCUGAUGCGGUGGAUGCUCCUGAAGCUGGUGACGGCUCGCACUGCUGGCUACGACUGGCUCGCAGACCCUCACGGCAGGCUGGCCGCGCUCAAGCUAUCACGCGCCGCCAACUCAGUGGACAGCUUCCUGUGGGAA